UCAGUCUGCACUCAACAGCAAACACUCUGUCUCUGCGUCUCAACACGUCUCUGUCUCUCAGUCUGUCUCACCACGUCUCUGUCUCUCAGUCUGUCUCUCUGUCUGCCUCUCUAUGUCUGUCUCUUUGUGUCCCUCUGUCUCAGGAUGGACCAGUUUCAUUGUGGAUUAUUGAUUUUUGUGUUUCUGCAGCAGAUCGACUGUCUGCACUCAGUUUACAUUACUGACAGCUCAGAUUCCCUCCGUCAGGACCUCUCAGAGUUCAGCCUCGUUCGUCCAAUCAGGACCAGCGCAGAGGGCCGUUUCCUGUCCGCCUCAGUCUCCGCCCACCACCUGCGCCGCAGUAAGAGACACGCCCAUUCCACCGAGGCCCCGCCCACCGACGGGCCAGCAUCCAACCAGAAGCCCGGCGGGAGAGGGCGGGGCUACGGGGCAGAGGAGGCGGAGCUUUUCUACAACGUGACGCUGUUUGGUCAAGAGCUCCACCUGCGGCUGCGUCCCAACAGCCGCCUCCUCGCCCCCGCCGCCACCAUGGAGUGGUGGGAGGAGUCAGGAAGCAAACACUCGCAGCCACUCAGGGACGCCGGCUGUUUCUACACAGGACAGGUGUCCAACAUGAAGGACACGUCUGUCGCCAUCAGCAACUGUGACGGGCUGGCCGGGAUGAUCCGGACGGGUCAGGAGGAAUUUUUCAUCGAGCCGUUGGAUCGAUGGAGGACAGGAAGAGAAGAAGAAGAAGAAGGACGACAGCACGUCGUUUAUCGCUCCUCAGCCGUCAUCAAGAAACAACCAGCUGCCAAUCAGAGCGCCGCCGACUUCCUGCGAGGUCCUCUUUUAGGGUCUCUGAACUUGAAGCAGAACAUGUUGUGGUCCGGAUCUGGAUCAGCUCGGCGCAGACGCUACAUCGAAGAGGCCGAACUAUUCAACAUCGAGGUUUUGUUGGCUGUGGAUUAUUCUGUCCUUCUCUUCCAUGGACGAGACCACAUCCAGAAAUAUCUGCUGACGCUCAUGAACAUAGUUAACGAGAUCUAUCAGGAUCAUUCUCUGGGCGCCAACAUCAAUGUCAUCCUGGUCAGGAUCAUCAUGUUGUCUCCAUCAAAGUCCCAGGAGCUGAUCUCUGUGGGGAAUCCCCAGAAGAGUCUGGAGAACGUUUGUGGAUGGUCGUACCUCCAGCAUCGCGAGACAAGUCACGCCGAGCAGCACGACCACACCAUCUACCUGACCAGGCAGGAGUUCGGCCCCUCCGGCAUGCAGGGUUACGCUCCGGUCACAGGAAUGUGUCACCUGCAUCGGAGCUGCGUCCUCGUCUUUGAAGACGGGUUCACUUCGGCCUUCGUAGCAGCUCACGAAACCGGACACGUGUUAGGGAUGGAGCAUGACGGCGAGGCGAAUGACUGUGGGGACGAUGUCCCGGUGGGCAGCAUCAUGUCUCCGAGGGUUCAGGCCACCUUCCAUCGGUACCACUGGUCCCGCUGCAGCUGGAGGGAGCUGCACCAGUACCUGCAUACCUAUGACUGUCUCCGUGACGACCCGUUCAACCACGAUUGGCCGGCUCAGCCUCAGUUGCCGGGGUUUCAGUACUCCAUGGACCAACAGUGUCGCUUUGACUUUGGGCCGGGAUACAGCCUCUGCACUGCAUACACGACCCUUGACCCCUGCAAACAGCUGUGGUGCAGCGAGUACGGCAACCCGUUCUACUGUAAAACCAAGAAAGGCCCGCCGCUGGACGGGACGAAGUGUGGACCCGGGAAGCACUGUUUCAAGGGUUACUGCAUGAAGCUGACGCCCGACAUGCUGAGGCAGGACGGAAACUGGGGGCCGUGGAGUCCGUACGGCGGCUGCUCCAGGACUUGCGGGGGCGGGGUCAAGUUUCGGGCCCGGCGCUGCGACAGCCCAGCUCCAGCCAACGGGGGGCGCACCUGCUUCGGAAACAACUACGAGUUCCAGCUGUGCAACCAGGAGGAGUGUCCCCCCCUGACCGACUUCAGAGAGGAUCAGUGUAAAGCCUGGAAUCCUUUUCUGGAACAUGAAGGACAAAAACAUCACUGGCUGCCGUACGAACACCCUGACCUGGACGAACGCUGCCGUCUGUUCUGUCAGUCGAAGGAGACGGCCGCCGUGGUCUCCAUGAACAGAAUGGUGCAUGAUGGGACGCCGUGCUCCUACAGUGACGCCCACAGCGUCUGUGUCCGAGGAGAGUGUGAGCACGUCGGUUGUGAUGGACAGAUUGCUUCAGACCAGCAGGAGGACCGCUGUGGCGUGUGUGGAGGAGAUAACUCCAGCUGUAAGGUCAUCAAAGGAAACUUCACCCGCAGCACCAAGAAACCAGGUUACCUGAAGAUCCUGGAGAUCCCUAAAGGAGCCCGACACCUGCUGAUCCAGGAGUUCAAAGGAACUCCUCACAUCCUAGCAAUGACGAACCAGGAGACGGGUCACCUCUUCCUCAACGAUGAACACAUCCUCCCAGAGUCUCGAGUGGUGAUCGAGAAAGGUGUGGCGUGGCAUUACAGCAAUGCUGAGGACCGGGAGUCCAUCCAGACCACGGGACCACUGAAAUAUGGAGUUCUGCUCAUGGUCCGCUCCCAUGGAGAGUCCAAGGUGACCGUGUCCUAUAAGUACGUCAUCCAGGAUCGUCUCCGGUCCUCGCUGGAGUCCAACCUGGUGCAGGAGGACGCCAUCUUCUACGAGUGGGCACUGAAGAAAUGGUCGCACUGCUCCAAACCCUGCGGAGGAGGGAAACAGUACACGAGGUUCGGAUGCAGGCGGAAGGCAGAUGGGAAAAUGGUUCAGAGGAUGUUCUGCUCCAACAUCAACAAACCAAGAGCCAUCAGCCGCACCUGCAACACUGAGACCUGCAGUCCGCCGAGCUGGAUGACCGGGGAGUGGGGGGAGUGCAGCGCCUCCUGUGGUCAGACGGGAUGGCAGCGUCGCUGGGUGAGCUGCCAGCAGACGUCCAGCAGGGGGGAGCAGCAGCGCUCUGUAAACAGCAAACUCUGUAAUGAAGAUCGACCGGAAGGGAAACGAACUUGCAACCGCAUACCCUGCCCCGCUGCCUGGCGAGCUGGACCCUGGACCCCGUGUUCAGUAUCAUGUGGAAAUGGGACUCAGGAGCGUCAGGUUGCGUGCUUUGGUCUAGAAGGUUCAGCCCAAAACUGCAGCAAACCUCGGCCAAUCUCGACCCGCACCUGUCACCUUCCACCCUGUGGCGGUGACCAGAAGAACGCAAUCAUUCAGUGGCUUUCCAGGUCCAACCCAGACUUCCCAGCGCCGAAGAUCUCUUCCAGGCAGCGUUGCCGUGGUGACCGCUCCGUGUUUUGCCGCAUGGAGGUGCUGAGUCGGUACUGCUCCAUCGCAGGAUACCGCCAGAUGUGCUGCAAGUCCUGCAGCGAGAUCAACCUUAGCAACAACUCCAGCAACUCCAGUAACUCUGAUAACUCCAGCAACUCUGAUAACUCCAGCAACUCCAGCAACUUCAGCAACUUCAGUAGCACAAUCCAGCCGACCACCAAAAGCAGUUUGUGGAGUGUAAGCACUGAGGUGAUUACUUCCUCGCCCACCUCCUCCUGGCCCCACAGCAGCGACAUCACCAGUGACAUCAGCAGCACGCCACCUCACGGCUUCACUCUAACUCCGCCCCCCACCAGCAGGAGCACUACUGACUUUGUGUAUGUGGACUAUGACGAUUAUGACGAGUAUUCGUCCUACGAGGAUCCCUCUAUUCCUGCUAGCAAUCCUGAUAUUAUUGCAACUACUACAACCACUAUCGCUGCUACAACCACUGCUGCUUCGACCAUGACCACACGGCGUCCGAGAAAAACCGCUCCACCACAUUUAGUCAAGAGGUACACUACCAUCCGCACAGUGACCCCUGCUACUGUUACCAUAGUGACAACUGAAAGUCACAGUCCAACCCCGGCACCAGUCAGGACGUCUGCCAUCCCAGAGUUCCCCACCACAACAAUGCCAGCUAAUCCUGAUGACAUCAUCACCGCCACAUCAUCACCAAACAGAACAUCAGGGGGGAGGAGCCUUCACCCACAAACCGAACCAACGUCGUCAUCAUCCUCCUUUUUCCCACUCUCAAAGAAGGAGAACGACUCGGUGGACGAGGUCCCGUACCGGAUCGUGGGGUUGGACAGUGACAUCAACAGGGGACAGCAGAACUAUUUUGUGCCGCGGAUGCCGCCGAUCCGCGAGCGAACGCAAAACAAACGAAUCCAGCAGCUUCUGAACGAGAAACGACAAAAGAAUGUCGUAAAGAGACCGAACAGGAACAGAGAGGGCCGGACUGACAGGAAACACGCCGGAUUGUAAAAACACUCAAUUAUUUCUGUUUGUUGUUCACUCGUGAUGGGGCAUGUGCAGCUUGCUCACUCUCCGCUAACGCUAACGAACUCAUACGAGGAACAGACUGCAGAGCCGCCAGACUGACGAUGAUGUUGUUAAAGUUUACGGUCCUGUUUGCCGUCAGCGCUCCUUCAAUCAAGAGGAAACUAUCCUGAAGUCCAGACUUGAUCCUUGAAGGUUUAACUGUCUGAAACCAGAACGUGGAAACGUUCGUUUUGUUCUUCUUCUGGUGUUCAGUUGUUGGUUUUCACAUUCAUGAUGUUUGUACCAAAUAAUCCUGUUUCUAAAUAAAGCAACAUCUCAUCCA